ACCUCCUCCUUCCUUCCUUCCUUCCUUUCACUUCUCUGCUAUUCAUAUAUAUCUACUCUUGCUUGGUGCCGCCAAGUGCCAAACCCUCUCUGCCUCUCUACCUCUUUCCCUUUUUUUUUUCUCUGUGUUUCGCACCACCCAACCAGCUGGUAGUUUGAAAGAGGUGAAAGUCUUUGCCUUCAUUAAUUUCUGCCUCUAUCCCUCUUCUUCUCUGAACUUCCUUCUCCUUGGAUCUAUAUAAGCCUAAGAUUUCAGAGAGUGCUGCACAAAAACUAAGACUAUAUCACAGAGAAAUUAGCAAGACAGAUAAUAUGAAUAGCAUUGAGAUGGAUGCAGAGAGACUAACGGCAGAAAUGGAACUUAAGGACUCCUCUUCCAUCAUCAUCAGAAUCCGGCAACGCUUGCCGGACUUUCUGCAGUCAGUCAAGCUCAAAUAUGUCAAAUUAGGAUACGGGUACUCAUGCAACUCUGCCACUACUCUUAUGUUUCUAGUCAUUUUGCCGCUGUUUAUUUCCAUUGCCAUUCAGCUUUCCGGCUUCAAACUCUUCCGGGUGUCUGACUUAUUGCCCACCACAAGAUUUCAACAUGGGAUUGAUGCAACUACGGCCGUAGCCGGUUGUCUCUCGAUACUUCUCCUUGCCCUCUAUUGUUCCAAGCGAUCCACACCGGUUUAUCUGGUAGAGUUUGCCUGUCACAAACCAGAGGAUGCGAGGAAGGUGUCGGUGGACAGCUUCCUGGAGAUGAGUGUAGAGAGCGGAGGCUUUCAAGAGGAUGACCUUAAGUUCAUGUCGAAAGUAGCAAAACGAGCCGGUCUUGGCGACGAAACCUACUUGUCGAGAGGAAUUACUUCUCGGCCGCCGAAUUUGUGUCUCGACGAAGCACGCUUCGAAGCAGAGACUGUAAUGUUCGGCGCACUCGAUGCUUUGUUCGAGAAAACCGGCUUGGACCCGAGUGAAAUAGGAAUUCUAAUCGUCAAUUGCAGCUUAUUCAACCCCAUACCAUCACUAUCCGCCAUGAUAGUGAACCACUACAAGCUUCGAACCGACAUUAAGAGCUAUAAUCUCAGUGGAAUGGGGUGCAGCGCAAGCCCUAUCUCGAUUACACUCGCUAAGGACCUUCUCAAUGCAAACCCUAAUACUUAUGCUGUCGUUGUGAGCACCGAAAAUAUAACCCUAAAUUGGUACUUUGGCAGCGAUCGGUCGAUGCUGAUCAGCAAUUGUCUGUUUCGGAUGGGAGGAGCCGCUGUGCUGUUAUCGAACAAGCACAGCGAUCGAUCCCGGUCAAAGUACGAGUUGAUUCACACGAUUCGAACACACAAAGGAGCUGACGACGAGAGCUAUAAUUGCGUUUAUCAGAGAGAGGACGAGGAGGGGAAAAUUGGAGUUUCACUGGCGCGCGAAUUAAUGGCGGUAGCAAGUGAAACAUUAAAGACCAAUAUUACGACUCUAGGUCCUUUGGUACUACCAUUUUCAGAGCAAUUCGCGUUCUUCGUCUGUAUGGUGAAAAAGAAAGUGCUGAAAGCAAAAGUGAAACCGUACGUACCAAAUUUUAAGCUCGCAUUCGAGCAUUUCUGCUUCCAUGCCGGCGGAAGAGCAGUGCUGGACGCUAUGCAGAAGAACCUCCAACUGAAUGAGUGGCACAUGGAACCCUCGAGGAUGACGCUGUACCGAUUCGGGAACACAUCGAGUAGCUCGUUGUGGUACGAAUUAGCAUAUACAGAAGCAAAGAACCGGGUGUCGAAAGGCCACCGGAUCUGGCAGGUGGCUUUCGGUGCUGGAUUCAAGUGUAACAGCGCAGUUUGGAAGGCGCUGAGAGAAAUUCCGGCGGCCGAGUGCGACCGAGUUAACCCAUGGAUCGACUCAAUUGACGAAUUUCCGAGGAAGGUCCUUGUUGAAUAAUGAAGAUAGUGCGAAUAAAGGCACGUGGGAGAUUAUGAGCGCUUGUGGGUCCUCUCUUUUAAUGAAAUAAAAACUGUCUAUUUUAUUAUUAUAAUUAUUUUUUUAUC